AUGGACGAUGCUGAUCGAUACAAUCCUGCAAAAUUCGGCCUCUCGACAGUGCCCCUUGAACAUGAACCAUAUGGACCCAUCAAGCCAGAGCGGCUCGUGGGAGCUAACAAGAGCAAAGUCGCGGUGGUGACUGGGGCCGGGAGAGGUAUCGGUCGAGCUAUUGCCAUUGCACUGGCCAAUUCAGGAGCGCAUCUCGCCCUGCUCGACCUCAGCGUGGAUCGGCAACAAGAGACAAAGGCUGCAUGCGAGAAAUUUGAGGGUGUCAAAGUCGAAGCGUUCCAAUGCGACAUCACAAACGUCCAGGCGGUCCGCGACACGUUUGCGGCAAUCACGAAGACACUGGGUCCUGUGGACAUUCUCGUCAACAACGCCGGCGUCGCCUACGGCAAGCUGGCGUCCCAGGAGACGUUCGAGCAGUUCUGGAAAGCCAUCGAAGUCAACUUCAAGGGCGCCAUGGCCUGCAUAUACGAGGUGCUGCAGACCAUGCGGGAGCGGCGGUCCGGGUGCAUCAUCAGCAUGGCAUCGCGAGCAGCGACGGUCGACAUGGCAGGGGGGUUGAGCUACAAUUCGAGCAAAGCGGCCAUUGCGCGAGCCACGUCGACGUUGCAGGAGGAAUUCGACGUCGAAGGCCUCGGCGACAAAAUCCAGACUUAUUGUCUGCAUCCUGGUGCCGUGUGGGGUGCUUUGGUGACUGAAAACACAACACCAGAAGUGCAAGAGCAAAUCAAGCCCAUCUUCAAGGACGUCCCGGAACUCUGCGCCUACACUGUGGCAUACCUCGCUUCAGGACGAGCAAAGGCCCUGCGCGGACGUUAUUUCGACUGUCGACAAGAUAUUGAGAGGGUGUGUAGUUUCGGACACGCCACGCUUGAGAAGGACGGUCUGUACACUCUGCAGGUCAAGUUCUUGCCGGGCUAUGAGAAUGAGCCGUGA